AAAUCUAAUAUCUUGUUCGUUUGGUAUGUGUAGUGAAGGACCUGAUCCACUGGCGGGACCCCAAGAAGUCGGGCGUGGUGUUUGGAGUGUCCAUGCUGCUGCUGCUGUCGCUGGCAGCCUUCAGUGUCAUCAGUGUGGUCUCCUACCUCCUCCUGGCUCUGCUCUGCGUCACCAUCACCUUCCGCAUCUACAAGUCUGUGGUCCAGGCUGUGCAGAAGUCCAACGAUGGGCACCCUUUCAAAUCGCUUAUAGAAAAGGAUGUCGGCAUCCCCCCUGAGACCUUCCGCAAGCACGUGGACGCCAGUCUGACCUACAUCAACCGAGCACUGAAGCAGUUGAGCCGCCUCUUCCUCGUUGAGGACCUGGUUGACUCCCUUAAGUUGGCUGUUGUCAUGUGGUUGCUAACCUACGUAGGCGCAGUCUUCAAUGGAAUCACCAUUCUCAUCCUGGCUGACAUCCUCCUGUUUGCGGUGCCUCCCAUCUAUGAGAAGAACAAGACCCAGAUUGACCAGUACAUCGAUCUGGUGCGCACUCAGAUUAACUCCACCAUGGCCAAGUUGCAAGAGAAACUUCCCGGAGCCAUGAAACGCACCAAAAGUGAAUGAUUGCCCUCGUCCAACAGAAACCAUUACAUCACCAUCAUUGUCAUUUACCAUCUCCAUGCAUACCUACCCCGGCCCUGGCCCCUCUCUGCCGCGCCCCGCCCCGGUCUAACUCCUCUCCUCUGUACCACCGACCGCCGCCUGUCCCACUCAAACCUCGCUAGCUAGAAAAAUCCGAGCUACUCCACUCCAACACGACUGCGCAGCUUAACCCGAGCGUUAGGUAAAGAACUGUGCCUGUGCGGACAGACAUGACCGCUCCCUCCUGUGCGGCGGCGUACCACAGGGGAGCGGGCAGGUGGAGUGAACUAGACUGAAUCUAUAAGCUGGUUUGGUUGUGUACAGUGAGCAGGGGAUGGAGGAAGACUGCUUGUCACUCAAAAGCGAAUGUCUGUAUUUAAAAAUUACACAUUUCCUUGAAGGUAGACGCAUUGGGGAAGCUAGACCAGAGUAAAUUAAUGUAAAAAAAAAAAAAAAACGAAAAUAAAAAUGUAACUGAUGCUAUUGUGACUAGUCUUUUCCUGCUCUUGCUCUGCAGUUAUUGGUUAAUGUCAGAAGCCGGAAUAGGGCUCGCUGUUACCGAUUGGCCUGUUGUUUUUGAGUUGUUUUCUUUCAUCUUUUUUUUUUUUUUACAGGCGCUUGUGUAUAAGUUUCUGCAAUGCACUGAUGUUUUGUUUUCUAAAACCCUUGAGCAGGUUGAAAUAAAAAGGACUGGAACACUGAGCCAGCUGUGAUAAUUUGGUCUAGUUCACCCUCUUUUUGUAUAUACACCAUUGAAAAGGCUCUGCUGUAUUUAACACAUUAGCCUUGCUUUUUAUAGCCCAGUGUUGAGGUCUAACAUUCACCUGUAAAUGUCUUGAUUCUUCACACUACUUUACUGAUAAAAAAUGGCUGCUUUCACUCUUAUACUAGCGUGGCGUAGUGUCAGUAAGCUUACAUUUUAAACAAGAGCUUGUAAUUUUUUUCCGAAAUGGUCUGUAUGUUUGAGAUAAGGCACACUCCCUAAUGUGUGGUCACAGCCUCUACAAACAAAUGUCUACAAACUGCUGACUGUCCGCGUUGGCUUUAACGACUGGCUAUUUUGAUACAGCUGUAUUUUGUUCAUUUUUAGUUAAUUUAUUCUAAUCAUUUUGCAUUGCCACUGUAGGAUCCAAACACGCGCUUUUAUACGGCUGUACCGGCGUUAGGGAGGACACCUUUUUGAUUUAAGUGUAGCUGGAAACGUAGCAGAUUUUCGGGGUGCAUUUUCAUCUAGAGAACCCUUUUGCUUUUGGAUUACCACGAACCGCAUGUCAUAACUGAGGAUGGAUGCCCCCUAUAGGCUUUGUAUCAUACUCAAUUUUUGUUCUAUGUAAUUAUUGUGUGUGUUUCGGUGGUGUUUUGGGUAAAGUCACAUAGCACUACUACUCCACAUCUCCACGUAUGUUUUAAGAGGUGAUUACGGAGAUUACUUUUCCCAUUUCAUUGUCUUGUCCAGGACUUUGCGUCGUCCCUUAGUUGAGUCGCAGCCCUACAUUCCUUACUAUGCAUGCUCCUUGUUGCCAUCUAGUACAUCACAAUGACAAAAGUAAAGCAGUAAAUAUCAGUAAUGGUCAGGGUAGGGAUGGGCUUCAUUUUAUAAGUCUAAAUACUGCUGAAGCUGCUACAUUAUAUACAAAUACAAACAAUAUGAAUUUUGGCAUUACUGUUUUGCAAUUGUGAUUAUGCAUUAUAGCCUAUUUAAGAUUAUAAAUAAAUGUUCUGUUAGAAAAAAUGACAAAGAGUAGUCAAAAUAUUGGACAUUUGAACUGAAGGAAAUUCCUGCAGGUUUUAAUUUUAUUAUUUUUUUAAAUGUUGAUUGAAAUGAUGAUUUUUCAAGUUAAUUUUUGGCGCUGAAGGUUGCAGAUUGACCAGUCAGAAACCAGUAAGCAGCACGCGCUCCGCAUAGAACAAGCACCCUUAGGUUUGCUCAAAUGUGCCGCAUAAACUCAUGGCUACAGUUAAAAUAAACUCAAAAAAAGAUGCUAUUUUUGUUCACCAUGACCUCAAAUUUCCACGCUCUGACCUGGAGGGCUGAAGCUAAGGUCUGACCUCACUGCUACUGCUGUUGUGUUGUAACUAGCAUGCAUAACAGUAUAUUUGAAGGCUUUCUGCAGACUACUGGGACUCAGUAAUGUAAAACCUCCAUAAAGUCACUCAUCUGAAGCAUGUCUCUUCCCUCUUGGCCUUUCCCCCUUUAUCCUCAUCGUGUGCAGGGAGUGUGUGUGUGACUUUUCUGUCUUUGCAAGUCUUACUUUGACUUACUGGUUAUCUAGAUGGAGUUCACUAAUAUCAGCUGUUUUGUAUUAGCUAUGACUUUUGUUUAAAAAUUUUAAGCUUUGGGAAAGUUGUUGCAAGAAAAAAAAAGAAAAUUGGAAAAAAGUUUGUGGUCUCUGUACUGAUGUCGAAGUGAAAUUAAUAAAAUGCGUCAAAGGAC